UACACGUCAAUUAUUAUCGUUAACAUUGUAAUUUAUACAAUGACUGACCUAAUUAAUUAUUUCUUUUUCCUGCGUUUUAUUUUGUUUCCGAUGAUAAUAUAAAACACAUGAAGUAACAUGGUUGUACGUAACAUGCAACAUAACAAUCGGAACAGAAAACGAUUGACGGUGAUUAGAAAAAUUAAUUAGAGUAAACGUUUCAAAUAAAAUCAAUAGCCUGAACAAACACAUGUACAUAACACGUUUUCCGUGUUCCUUGGAAAUGUACACAUAAAAGCUAUCAGAAAAUUCAAACAAGCAGGAAUUUAAAACCUUCCGCGGAGGAGCAAUAUUCCAAACGAAAAUAGAAUUAAUAUGUACUCCAUAAUUUAAAUAUUGAUGGGAAAUAAAUCUAUAAAUAAUACAAAAAUUGUGGUCUCCCAAUUUUAUAAUAGCUCAAGUUAAUACAAACAAUCUGCGUACUUUACGUGUACAUUACUUAUGUAGGUUACUGACUAAAAUAGACUUCAGAUACCAAAACGUAUAAGGAACUGGAUUUAAUUGAAUUGUUUCGUUUUCGUGCAAGUUUUUCAACAACCUUGUCCGGUUAGAAAAAUCUGGCCUGAAACAAAGAUGUUCUCAAAGUCAACCACUGGCAUCAAAUUGCGUCCACGCACAGUGAUAAUUAUCGUGUAAAUUUAUUUAUAAUAAUAGGUGUUUUGUGUUUAAUUUCAUUUCAUUUCAAUAAUUACACAAUAUUUUAAACGGUUCUAAAUCUAUUAUUAAAGCAUUUUUUACUAUGAUACCCAUCAGGAAUAAACUAAACAAUUAUUAACUUGAAUUUCGUAUUAAUUCCUGGAUUGUACUACGGUGUAUCUCUUCAAAAAACAAACAGGACAUGUUCCUGCAACAAUAAACAAUUUUUGUCAUUAAAACCGGCCCUUCUGGUCUCCAAUUUAGUAUAUAACCCACCCAAAACCUCCAAUUUCCAUCAGUUCAGCUAUAUCAAUAUCAUGAACCACUUCAUAAUUUUCCUUUUGAUUGGAAUCGUCAGUGCGGAGCCGGUGGAUAUUUUCGCCCCGGUUUUCGUUCCAAUAUCCAAUCAAUAUCACUCACAAGACGGUUUUGGGCAAUAUUCUUAUGGAUAUUCAAACCAUUUGUCCGUGAAAAAUGAAGUGAAGACUGCUGACGGUGUUACCAGAGGGGCUUAUUCUUAUGUUGAUGCUGAGGGCAAGUUGCAAUCUGUUGAAUACUCUUCUGAUGCCGUCAAUGGAUUCAGAGUUACUGCCAGUAAUUUACCAAUAGCUCCUAUGGUGCCAAAGAAAAUAUUACCAUCCCUAGUUGUAGAUACACCGGCUGUAGCCGAGGCAAAAGCAAAACAUCUUGCUAUGAUGCAGGAAGCAAUGAACAAAGCAAAGACUGAAAAAGAAAUACAUAAAAUACCAAACAUCCACUCGUACAGUUUCGGAACUGAUUCUUUGUACCACAUUCAACCAUUCAUAAUUCCAAAUUACGUUUCACAACCCAUUGUUAAAACUCCUGUUUUCAGGAGUUUUGUCAGUCAACCGGUGAUUUCAGGAGUUGUUCCGCAAAAAAAUAAUAAAAUGGAGAUGCCGAUGGGUGUUCAAGACGUCCCCGAAGUGGCGAAAGCUCGAAGUGAACACUUAGCAGCCUUUGAAAUGAUCAAAAAUCGUAAUUAAUGUUUUGUGGAUUAUUAAAUCUGGUUUU